UCACUCCCGUCGAAAACGUUUGCACAUUCACGUUCGCGUAAAGCUGCACAGUAAACGAACGCGCGCGUUACGUACGUUUUUUUUUGUAAUAAUUCGAUUUCGCAUAGUGCAUAUUGCGAUUCCGCAUCGUUAUUGUCAGAAUCGACCGUCCGUUAAUAUUAUGACCGUUUGCGGCGGUCCGAUUGGUGUCCGGAACGUGUACGGAUGAACGAGUUCGGGUAUAGCUAGCUGGUGAUCGUCAAGACCGCGAGGAUGUGUUGGCGAAAAAGGUGUGCGCGCCGGUAGCUGUUAACAUCGUGCCGCCAAAAACGCGGAUCGCGACGACGCGGCCUCGACGAUGAAACAGAAAAAGAAGAAAGACGCCGCCGAACAGGCACAGAGCGGCGCGGACGACGGACACCAAUGUAACGGCGGCGGCGGCGGCGGUGGCAGUGGGCCCAGGCCGAUAAAGUCGGCGCUAAAACGGACCGGUACGGGCCGCAAGUCGUCCGGCUCGAAGAGCAAGCGGCACGUGCAGUUCAACGAGAACAUGAACACGUUUUUCGAAUCGGACUACGUGAUCGUCAUUAGGGACGACGACUGCGACUUCGACGAGGAGGACUUCGACUUCUGGUCGCAGCACCCGUGCAGUUGUGGCGACGAUGCUUGCUUUCAACCGUGGCUGGACGACGAAGAGGCCCGCGGGCGGCCACGGUUCGACCCGUACGAGGAACAGCCCGCCACGCUCAGCCCGCCGGACGGCUACAAAGACGGUUGUCCCAGGCACAUGCCCUCGUCGUACGACCGCCACGAUGAUGAGUUGACCGCGGCGUACAAUUCAGACGUGACAGACCGUUGCUGCGACGAGCAUCCCGACAUGUCGCCCUACUAUUCAGUCGGCUGUCCCGCGUCUUACAUGGGCGAGACCAACAAACCUCAUACAGAAAGCACACCGCCACCUCGGCCUAAAGAUGAACAACCGCAGCUCAAGGCGACGUCUUCAGCGUCAGGUGCUGUUCAACCGAAACCAAACACAGUCUGUGAUACAAACACGAGUACGGCUCAACCCAGAUGUAUAGUAGAAACGAUUACCAUGACCACGGUAACGGAAAGACAAAUCGUGCAGGCGACCAAAAGGCCUGGGCAAGACGGUGCUUCGGAAGACGCUACGGCGGCUAAGCCAACGACGGCGGCGGCAACGGUUGUGGAGGACGCGUCAAAAACCGCAGGACCGGGUGCGUCGUCGGUACCGGCGGACGAAGGGUACGUGAUAAUUAGGCUAGGCAAUAACACGAUGGUGUACAAUAACCGGAAUCCUAAUUCGGCUGUUCGUCAACUAUUCCCGAGCACAAAGUUCGUCUGUCCGCCGACGCGCAUCAAAGAGACCGACGACGCCCGACUGUUGAACAAGUACCUGAUUACGGAGGAUUCGUUGCGGGCUUUCGACAGCCGUACGUUGAACGGGUACAAAGAGCCUCAAAGCGACGACGACGACGACACCGGCACUUCCAGCAAUCUGAUCCGCCGAACCAUUGAGCGGAGCACGUUGCGCCGGAACACGUCGGUCAAGAAAAAUAAUUUCGGCGACGCCAAGGAGAUAUCGCUGAUCGAGAAGAUCCGGAGACUGACGUGUGACAGCGACGAGGAUCAGGAAGACCCCGCGAAGAAGGCGGACAAACGGCCAGACCCGCCGUAUGCCGUAUUGCUGCAUUGUGAAUCUUCGGCAACGGCGACGUCUGGCCCGGCGUAUAAAAAACCACCCGACUCGGUUGGCAAUAGCGGCGGUAAUCGGUACGACCAUGGUACGCCGGAUCAACAGCAACCUUCGAACAAGCCGAAUUUGUUGGACCUAUGCGACGGACACUCGACUGUGACCUCUACCGGCAAAAAGCCACCGCCACCUCCGGUUCGGUCCAACUCGUCCGGUAAACCUUUUUUGACCACGCUGGCCACGGCGUGCGUGUCCGGCAACGUACAUCCCUCCCCGCCGAUCAUGCAAGAGUCGCCGCCGCCGCAACAGCCACAGCAGUGUCCCCCGCAACCGGAUGUGGUGGCCGGUACUCAACAACAGCCGUCGGCUUCUGGCCAGAGACAAGAAGAACUCGCCGCUUUUGUUCAACAAGACAGCGGCCGACUAGACAAAAUCCGUAAGAGAUACUUGCCGACUGGUGGGUCGAACGCCUCCAACGCCGCCGAAGACGAAGACGACGAGAACGACGAUUACGGGUUCAACAGGAGACCAGAAGUGCACGGCAUCCGGUCGGGAUUUUCAGCUCAGAUAUUGAUAAAAAAUCAACCGCCACAACAGCGACCGGCCAACAGGCCUUACUACCCGACUGUUGACGGCCAACCCGAUUUCGUACCUCAAAGAUAUCCGCCACCGCAGCCGACGGCCGUGGUGAAGGCGCGUAUCCAGAGUGAGCGUCCGCCGCCACCGUCGUAUCCUGCUGCGACGGCCGCCGCUCAGCGGUCCAUCAUCAGAGUGACUCAUGGCCAACAACAGACCAUCAGAGUGCCGUACCAAGCCGUCGGUCCCGUACAAGUCCAUCUGUUGACUACGGCUGCCGCGGCGGCAGCGGCCGCUGGCCAUCCCGUGGUCCGGCACCCAAACGAGUACAUCGUCCACCAGCACGGCCAUGCACGCAUCCACCACGGUCAACAGUUUGUCAUAGCUCGCGGCACCCAGACAGCGGCCAUAUCCACUACACGGUUCUACCAAUUGCCUCCGCCGCCGCCGUCGACCAUGCAACCAACAUCUGCCAUCGAAAGCCAACAUCAACAACAGUUGUUUAAACAGACGUCGCCCACGCGGAGUAGGCAAGUACCACAAGAAUUUAGCGACCACGACAAUAUAUCUUCUGUCGCCCAAACGCCACCACCACCUCCACCAAAGAACCCAGUCAUGUUUUACGGUAUGAAUGUUUAAGCUGCCGUUUAAGUGAUGUUGUCCAAGACAAAUAGUAAGAUGUGUUAAUUAACAAACCAGUAAUUUUGAUAAGCGUAUCAACGAGAAUGGGCAAUUAUAGUACAGUUUUCUUUUAACCAAAUACAAAAUACUUUUAAUUCUAAUGAUAAAUAAAGCUAUAAUUUAUACUUAUUAAUAAUAAUCGUCUCUACAAAUAUCAGUUGUAUAAAGUAAAUAAUACUUUGUAGUUGAAUUAAAUUAGGCGUAACAAAUCGAAAGCUUCGGAUUACGCUAAACAUAUAGAUUUUUCUAAAAUAAUUUUGAAUGUAUGUAUUAAUCCGGUAAAAACGUACAUGCUGCUUUAAAAGGAUCUUUUUUUAAGUAAUAUAAUUUUGAUAUUUUAAGACUUUAAUACUAAAAAAUAUGAUAGUUAAGUUUUCGGGUUACCAAAUAAUAAUUUGACGAUAAAAAAAAAUAAGUUCUAGAUAGCGAUAAGAAAAAAUUUGAUUUUAUGUCCAACAGUUCUGAAGUAUUGUAUUAGGAAUACAUUUUGUGUAAACAAAUCGUGAAAAAUGUUACUAAUUACUUAUAAAUAUAUUGUAAAAAAAAAAUUUGUUUUGCUAAUAUUACAAAAAAUACUAAUUAUUAAUAUUUUUUUUAUUUUAAAAAUGUCGUAAAAAAUAUAAGCCAAAAAACAUGUUUUUUUUAAAAAAAAAAAACGUUAAAUCCUUGUAUUGCAAGCAUUCAAAAAUCAAUUGCGCGCAAGGGUUUAGGAAAAUUAAUUAAGUUAUACGUAAUCCGAAGCAUGAACCUUAUUUGAAUCCAUUAAUGUAACAGUAUAUUAUUAAACAUGGAUAGUAUCCAAAUAAAUAUAAUUUCAGUUAUAAUAUAACACCGUAAAACUUAAUACAUUAUAAAUAGGUAAUAACAAAUUGAUGAAAAAGUAUUUUGUAUCCUAAAAUAUAAAGUAUUGACACACAAAAUACAAAUUACUGAAAAGUAUUUAAACUACUAUGUCCAUUUCUGAUUUCGCUAAGCCGAGAAAAUUUUUUUUUUUUUACUAUUUUACUAUUAUUAUUAUUACUAUUAAUAAGAAUUGGUGCAUUCAGACAAUUUAAUCGCAUAUGUCUCUUUCACUAGAAUGACUAUGAUAAUCCAUUUUUUUCUUCUAUUUAUUGACGAUAUCAGACACCCAAAGUACAACCGACACUACAAUAUUAAUUCAUAAUUGAUUUAUGGAUAACAAUAUGUGGCUGUUUUUUUUUCACCCCAUCGCUCUUCCUUUAUAGUUGUGUUAAGCUUUCGUCUCUAUUUUUGCUUGUUAUUCUAUACGCAGAAAAUUUAAAAACUUUUAUUUUAUCAUUUUUUUGGUUGUAUUCAAUCGUUUAUAGGAAAUUAUUAAAUUCCUAUGUCGUCACGUCUCUAAGAAAAACAAUGUUUAGCUUAGGUUUCAACCUAGUAUUUUUUUUUUUAAUUGAGAUAUUUUAAUCGAAAAAUUAGUUAUGACCAUAAAUGGUUCCAAAUCUAAGAACUUUUGAUUAAAUAUAUUUUGUCUUCAAUACCAGUAAUGAUCUCCUUUUUUGUCAGAUAAACAAGAAUUAUUUCAAAAUUGAGAUUUUCGACGUCUGAAAGACAAGCCAAAUAAUAUUGUUCAUUUUCGUUUAUACUUCUUAAAGAAAAAACAAAUUAUAUUUUAUAAACUUAAAUACUUACAGACUGUGAAGAAAAUUAAGGGUUGUGAAAAUGUAUUUAUUAUACGCCUGUAGAUCCUUAUAACUUACUUGUAAUCAUAUCGAAUAUACGAUUAAUGGUUUACCAAAUUUAAAACAAGUUCAACGUCUAGAUAGCUAAAAAGGCACUUAUUUUUAUUUUAUUAGAGUUGUUGUUAUAUUAUUAUUGUACAUACCUACGGUUAAACGUUUAUGUGAAACGGCCAGUUUUUGUAGUUUUCCGUUUUAAAUUAUAAUGUUUAAAAUUUAAGAUUAUAUAAUUAUAAAAUGGUUAUGAUGUAUGUAGAUUCACGAAGAUAAAAUUUUAUUUAAAAACAUGUAGUCCUCUUCUGACGAGUGUCAUCUGUACCAGUGAUAGUUUAGGGUCAAACUCGUUAGAAGGAAUACUAUUGUUUUUUUCUAAUAAUUAUUUUCUUUUUUUGCUUAUAAUAUAAAAUAAAGGGUUGACUUUAUCGGAUCAUCCAAAUUUUUACUGUUUUGUCGGACGUAUGGUUGUUAUUAAACAUAUAUACUAAAGACAUAAAUACAUAAACACAAAACUAACACACAUGUAUAUAGAUCAAAAGAUACGUAGAUAAGAAAGUUAAAUUAUUUAGUAGAAAUUAUUUUUACCGUGAUUUUGUAGAUAAAAUUAUUCAUUAACUGUUUAGAAUUUAUGAAAAUAUUGUUAUUAUUGCACCUCACAAAGAGGGCUACUGUUAUAAAAAAAAUGGGUUUUGAAUAAAAAUUGAUUUGGUUACUCCAUCCCAAAUUCCAGAAUCAAUUAAGAUACCAUAGAAUAAUCAUUUUAAUUAUUAAGAUAUUAAGUAAUAGAAAUCAAAUUAUAUUUAUUAUAAUUUAUGGUUUUAAAAUGAUUUGGUUUUAUCAAAUAUAAAUUCCUG